AUGUCGAACAAGGUUUUCGAUUGUGAUUUUGACAGCCGUGGACUAAAACGGUUGCAGGCUCAGUGCCGGAAUUCCCGUACCGCCUUCCACCAGGCUCCCCGACACGGCCCCCACUUGGUGCUGAGCGUAUACACCACGACGAGGUCCCACCUGGGUACUGAGAACAACAUCGACCUGGUCUUGAAUGUGGAAGACUUUGAUGUGGAGUCCAAAUUUGAAAGGACAGUUAAUGUUUCUGUACCAAAGAAAACGAGAAACAAUGGGACGCUGUAUGCCUACAUCUUCCUCCAUCACGCUGGGGUCCUGCCGUGGCACGACGGGAAGCAGGUGCACCUGGUCAGCCCUCUGACCACCUACAUGGUCCCCAAGCCGGAAGAAAUCAACCUGCUCACUGGGGAGUCUGAUGCACAGCAGCAGCUCGAGGCGGAGAAGAAGCCGACGAGCGCCCUGGAUGAGCCAGUGUCCCACUGGAGACCGCGGCUGGCGCUGAAUGUGAUGGCAGACAACUUUGUUUUGUGGCUGCAGGUGACUCGCCCUUCCAAGUGUAGCGGCCACGUCCUGGGAUUGCUCCAUGUCCGUGCACAGAGGGCCCUGGGCUCUGCUCUACGGCCAUGUCCCUGUAGUUCCCCCUAG